AUGGACAGACUGAAUCAGCUAUCGGCUUAUACUUGGGACGAGUCGCGGCAAUCUCGCUCAAGCUAUGGCGUAUGGCACGUUUUCGGUACGAGGCACCUUGACCGUGCCACUGGUCAGAAUCAUGCACAGACUGCUCGCCAACCAAGUGUAUCCUCUCCGGUUGAUGUGAACGAUACCUCAGCCCUAUGCGGUCUUGAUGAGGACAGCCACCUUGAGAGCUCGCACGGAGGGUCGGAGGGAACAAUCGAAGUGAUGGCGCGCAUUGGUGAGAGUCUGGGCCUGGAGGAAAGGGUGCAAGAAGAGUAUCAGAUGCUGGCAUCCGUUGCUGCCCCUCAUCGCAAGUAUCUCCUGCAGCCCCUGGAGAUGCUGCGCUUACCCAGCCUCAAGGAGGGCCACGAGCCAUCGCUCCUGGUCUGCAUUUACGAAAGCCCCGGCCCCAACGAUCUCCUGCGCUUUGUUGAUUGCGACGCGACCUGGUAUCAGAUGCGUCCCGAGGGCGAUAAAUGUGAUGACGAGAUCGAUGAUCUGGGCUCGCAUCAGUCCGGCCGGAGAGAGUCCAUGCCGUUGCAAAUAUUUCUGGAUUUCGCCAUCGGUGCAGCUGGAUGCAUUAAAAUGCUGCAUAGCCAGCAAAUUGUGCAUGGGCAGAUUCGGGGGGACGCGUUUCACUUCAAUCGGGAGACCGGCCGCGUGAGACUGCUCCAUCUCGGGGUGGGUAUCCUGUCCCAUCAUACCGGGCGAAAGAGUGCCGGCUGGUCCGCCCUUGCGAAUCGAAACGUUGCCGCGACCAAUAUCCCCUUCAUGGGCCUCAAACAGACCGACCAGCCGCCCAUCCAGCCCGACAAUCGCGCCGAUAUCUACUCCCUCGGCAUCCUGCUGUGGAACGCUUUAAUCCACCAGACCCCGUUUGGGGGCGAGACUCCCAUGGACAUCAUAAAGGAGGCACUUGGACAGGAGCUGCCGUCGGUGUCGAGCUUGCGACCCGAAGUGCCGGAAGUCAUUGCACGGAUUAUCACCAAGGCAACGGCAAAUUCUGUCUCGGAGCGAUACAACUCUGUCAGUGGCCUGCGACAUGAUCUUGUGGACGUGCGGAGGGUGCUAGCGACGGGAGAUGCUACAGAAGUGGAAACCUGGCAGAUUGCUCGCAAGGAUGUUUCUCCAUUCUUUGCGCUCCCACGCGCGAUGGUGGGUCGGACGAUCGAGCGGGAUACUAUCGCCGAGGUCCUGGAUCGUAUCUUCAAAUUGUACCAGGGAGGCAACAAGCUUCAUCUAUCGUCGCUUCCGGAGGGCCAGUUCGCAGCCUUCGCCGCUCUCCCCUCACCAAGUGAUGUCCUAGGGGAAGAAGAUAUCCGUAACUCAGCUGAUGGGUUUCUCAAUUUGCCGGCAUCCACGAGCGCGACUUUCGCCGGAACUCCUCAGAUGUAUAUAGCCAACACGAGCCGCGUGCGUUUUUCUGGAGGUUCGCAGUACUGCUCGAGUGAGGGCAGCGAGAACGGUUCCGUGGCCAUAGAUAGGAGAGAGGCAGAGAAGAGACUAUCGGCUGCAUCGUUCGACAGCACCAGCGGCGAGGGAAGUUCGCGCUCCAGCGACAAUGUGGGGAGACCGGCUGCACAUCGCAUACUUGCGUCGCAAGGACUCUGCGAGCUAAUCAAGAUUGAAGGAGGGGCUGGGUUGGGCAAGACUCGACUGAUCACAUCGAUCCAGAUCGAAGCCCGACGAAAUGGCUUUUUCGCCAGCUCUCGCUUUGAUAAUGCCGCUGAAGACAGCUUGCGUCCGGUUCUACACCUAUUUUCAAGUCUGUUCGAGCAGGCCUUUUCAGAAAAUAAGAUUGAGCCUAGUUUCUUACCAACGCUGCGAAACCAAAUUGGGUCUACGUGGAACACUUUGCACAAAGUUUUAGGGCUUCCCAAAUUCCUCAUUGGUUCGGGCCCCACCUUAUUUGAGCAGCUGCCGAAUCAUUCUGUUCUUUCCAAUACCUCACUACCUUACCGCCAUCCUGCUCCUGAGAGUACUGGAACGGAAAGCUCGCAGGAAUUUCUUCGGACCGGAUCUUCGAUCAAGUCUUUGCCUCUCGUGCGGACAUUGCUGGAUAUCCUGCGAACCUUCACACGGUACAAGUCAGUGUGUCUCUGCCUAGAUGACGUCCACUUGGCAGACGAAGAAUCGUUAGAGCUUAUUGCUCAAAUUAUUUCGGCUAGAAUCAGAAUGGUGGUGAUUUUGGCCUACCGACCUGAAAACACGAAUAUGAUAAAAAAACUUCUCUUUGACCUCUCCAGCAAUAAAGGUAAUUGCCCCCCCUGUCUGUCGUCAGUUUUGAUCGUUGUAUCAAUCUGGCUUGUCUUACCAUUUGGUAUCAUGCUUACCAUCGUAGGUGCUCGGAAAGGAAGAGAUCUAGGGAUUACCGCCAUCACGCUUUCUCCGCUCAGUGAAGACAGCGUGAUGCAAUAUAUUGCAAGCACCUUGUGUUUACCUAUUCCUGUUAUCUGGCCUUUCGGGGCGCUCAUUCAAUCCAGGACCAGUGGCAACCCGCUUUACGUUCGUGAAAUGUUGAACGAUUGCUAUGAGCAUAAAUUCAUUUGCUAUGACUACCAGAAGGAACUGUGGUCAUACAAUCUAAGCCAAAUCUCGGAAUAUUUCAAGGCGGACAACUACAACGACGCUAUCUUCGAUGAUUUCUUAGCUAGGCGCCUGAGUAGCCUAUCGCCUGUAUCCAAGUCAAUCAUGGCAUGGGCAUCCGCUUUGGGCAUGUCUUUCUCAUUUCAACUGGUCCAGAGGCUCCUGAACAACGAUAAGAUGGCUGCAGAGUCUCCGCUGCAUGAGCGAGAGCUGAUUGAAGGUCUUCAGGCGACCAUAGCAGCCUGCGUUAUCGUACCAACGCAGGAUCUUGACAUCUUUUCCUUUGCAUAUAACCAUUACAUGCAUCUCGCGGCGUCAUUCCACACAAGAGGCAAGGAUCAUGUGAAUUUUAUCAAAGCACAAGUGCUGUUUCAGCAUCACUCCCACGAGGAAAAAUACUGCAAUAUGCUGGCAACGGCCAUCAUCGAGUCAGCCACGGUAAUCAAAAGCUCCGUGGCAAGAAGAAGGCCUUAUAGAAAGUUUCUGGUCGAUCACGCGAAAGCUGCGAGUGAGACUGGCUUCCCCUCGACCGCUAUCAAAACAUACGAAAGCUGCAUCAUACUACUCCAGGAAGACAUGUGGAACGAUGAUGUCGAGGAUGUGAGCUACGGCGAGACGCUGCAGAUAUACACCUCCGCUGCUGAAGGCUAUUUGUAUCAAGGACAGCAUGCCGAAGCUAACUGCUUGCUGCAAUCCAUUCUCUCCAAUGCCCGAAGUCCAGUGGAUAAGGCUCCCUCCUGUAUCUUGCAGUCUCGUAUGCUUGCACAACUGGGUAACUCGACAGGUGCCUUCCAGGCGCUGAAAGAAUGUCUCAAGACUCUGGACACCACAAUUGAUGAUGAACCAAGUUUUUCUAAAUGUGACAAAGAGUUCCGUCGGCUAUGUGAGGCCAUCUCCACUAUUCAGACUGAUGCCAUCAUCGAGACGGCGCCCAUUGAGCAUCCUACUUUGGUUGCUGCCGGUGCGGUCCUUAUGGAGGCCACGAGCGCAGCAUUCUGGUCCGACACGCUAACUUUCUAUCAAAUAACCCUUGUCAUGGUUGACACUUUUCUCUCUCGUGGUCCCUUUUCCCAGGCGGGCAUGGGAUUUUUACAGCUGGCUGUGAUAUCGCUCACUCGGCACAACGCAAUCGCAUUUGCAGGUCAAUGUGGGGAUCUUGCUCUAGCCUUAAUUAAUCAGUCGCAAGACCCACUUACGGAGGGUCGUGGCCUCGCGUUACAUUCGACUUUUGUCGAUCACAUUCAACAUCACAUUCAGUCUUCAAUCUGUCACUUGGAAAAGGCUUUGGAAUCCGCAAUCCACUCUGGUGACCGAAGCCUGACCAUCUUGAACUACGGGCUACUGGCCACCUCGAAAUUUUUUGCCUCGGAGAACCUGGCCGAGCUGGAAAAUUUCUGUGUUUACAGCUGUCAGGACAUUGCUAACUGGCAGUUGGAUACGCCCGGUGGUACGAUCCUCAUCACAAUUCGCCAGCUCUGCCGUGCUUUGCAAGGUAAAACACAUAAGCAUGACGCGGUAGGGGUGAUGAGUGACAACGAACACAAUUCCACCGCAUACAAGGCUUGGCUAGUAAGAACCUUCAAGAAUAGCGACCGGCCGCUAAUGCUCUAUGAGAGCAUUGAAAUUGCUCCUUUAUUUUUGUACGGCCACUACGAGCGAGCGGUUGUACUGGGGAAUUCCUGCCUGAAGAAAGUCAAUGCCAUAUGGUCUGCACGAAACACGCGAUUCCUCAUGUUCUUUCAUUCCCUUUCUCUAGCUGGAUGUGUGUGGGCCCGAAAAGAACAGCAACUCAACCCCGCGUAUCGCGCAUGCUCUCCUCAGCUGGCAUCCGAUGUCAAUGGGCGAUCCCUCGAGGCCUCUCUCGAGGAGGAGAUGAGCGGCCUGGCGAAGAUGUUGAUGUAUUUCAAGCGUAAGAUUGAACAGUGGCAGGUCGUCACGGACGUGAACUAUCUGGCGUGGACUAGAAUUCUCGGCGCUCAGAUCGCUGAGAUGGAGCAUGACCAUAUGGCUGCUCUUUGUCUCUAUCAAGAGGCAUUGGACCACGCUUCUGUGCAUGGCUUUGCUUUGGAGGAAGCCCUGGCUCACCAUCUGUUAGCUGGACAUCUGAUGCGUGAGGGCUCUUUGCGACUGGGAGCACUCACUCUGAAAGAGGCAGCUGGUCUCUACCGUCGGAUGGGGGCGACUGGGGUGGCUGAACACAUCCUGCAUCUCUUUGAUCUGGAGCAGCCGGUAAAGGAUGUAACACGAGAAGCCGCUACUCAAACUGAAUUAGAUGACAGUAUUCUACAGAUUCACCCAAAGGUAGCCGCUCCUGGCAACGAUGAAACCCCGAGCGCGGAAGAGUCAGUGGCAGAGCGUUCCCUACAUAUCUUGGACCUCGCCUCUAUUCUUGAAGGGUCACAGGUGAUAUCGAGCGUUCUAAGGAUUGACGAGCUGCUCCGGACAAUGUGCAAGGUCAUUAUGCAGAGCUGCGAUGACGUUGCUACCUUAGCGGCAAUCAUCACGGGGGCGGAUACGACCGUCGGUUGGGCCGUGGCAGCAAGUGGCGACGCAGCUGGACACAUCAAAAUACAUGAUCCUCCCACACCGAUUGAACACUCCAACCUUGUCGCGGAAAGCAUCGUGAACUACUGUGUGCGCUUUCGCGAAGCCGUUUAUUUGCCAGACGUCUUACAGGAACCGCGGUUUAGCUACGUUAGUGAAGUGUGGUUGGCUCAGAACCCGGUUAGCAAAUCGGUUAUGGCGCUGCCCAUUUCUCACGGCAGUAGUGAGAGCCAACCCCUUGCGGUGCUCUAUCUGGAGGGACUGCCCAACGCGUUCUCGUAUCGCAACCGGGUCGUUUUACAGCUGCUCGUCGUCCAACUUGGAAUUAGCUACUCCAACGCGCUAACCCUUAAAGAAGUCGAACGGGUAUCCACCAUCAACCAAUCCAUGGUGGAGGUGCAAAAGAAGGCGUUGGCAGAAGCGAUGAAGGCCGAGCAAAACGCGAACACUGCGAAGGCGGAGGCCAUGCGUCUUGCCCAGCUGGCCGAACAGGCCGCCAGGGCUAAAAGUGUCUUUCUCGCCAAUAUCUCUCAUGAGCUACGAACUCCCCUUAAUGGGGUUAUUGGAAAUUCGGAGCUUCUACUCAGCAGUCCACUCCCGGAGCAGCAGUUGGAAAUGGCAGACUCAAUUCGCAUAUCAGCGGAACUCCUGCUUUCUGUAAUCAAUGAUAUUCUCGACUUUUCCAAAGUCGAAGCGAACAAAGUGCAGUUGCAUAAGGUGUCCUUUGAUGUCAAGGAGAUCGUUCAGGAAGUUGUUCGCUCGAUGGCGACCGAUUUCGGGAGCAAGCAAUGGUCUAAAAAUCUCCGCAUCAUCCAGGAUAUCCACGCGCCCCAAUACCGCGUAUAUGGCGACCCCGUACGCCUGAAGCAGGUUUUGGGCAACCUAUUCGGUAACAGCCUGAAAUUCACCGAAAAGGGGUCCAUCACGAUUGGAUCCAGGGUCGAAGAUGAAAACGAGAACACCGUUCGUCUCUCCUUUUGGGUAAAGGACACAGGAAUUGGCAUCCCAACACACCUCACACAGCAUCUAUUUAAGCCUUUCACCCAAGCUGAUGCCAGUACCGCGCGCCGGUUCGGAGGCAGUGGUUUGGGCCUCAGUAUCUGCAAAUCACUGGUAGAACUGAUGGAGGGCACCAUUGAGCUCAAGAGCGUCGAAAAUGCCGGCACAACUAUUAAUUUCUCAAUAUCCGUGCAAAAAGCCAAUCCUGAGGAUUUGGGGACUGCAGCUCCAACAGAGUUGACUGACGGGUCGACAGGUCUGCCCGAUAACGCAGCCGCAGAUUGCAUUGAUCUAUCCGAAAUUCCCCUCGCCGACCUUCGCGUCUGCAUCGCGGAGGAUAACCUCAUCAACCAGAAAAUAACGGUACAAUUUCUCAAGAAGCUAGGAUUUUCCCAGGUAGAUGCCUUCAACAACGGCCUAGAGGCCGUGGAGGGCAUUCUGAAGAAGGCCAGUGCAGAGCAACCGUACCACAUGAUCUUGAUGGAUGUCCAGAUGCCCGUCAUGGAUGGAUAUACUGCCACCCGCCAGUUACGCAACGAUGCCGUGGAUGCUGUGAGGCGAAUCUUGGUUAUCGCUCUCACAGCUUCGGCGAUCCAGGGUGAUCGAGAGAAGUGCUUGGCUGCGGGAAUGAACGACUACCUUGCAAAACCCGUUCUUCUGGAGGUGCUGAAGAGGAAACUUCAUAAAUACCUCCAGUUCAAAUGA